UAAAACACCCUAAUGGUAUUGGACAUCCACGAUGCAAUGGCAUCCUCAUCCUGUGCACUCCCUGAGUACACCCUCUCCAAACUCCUGAAAUCCCCACCAUUCUCUCAAAAGCACCUCAAAGCCAUCCACUCUCGCAUCAUCAAGCUCGGCCUCUCUAACUCCACAAUCCUCAUCACCUCUCUCAUCAACUCCUGCGUCAAAUCCAAUCUCCUCGCCGAUGCCCACCAGCUGUUUGAUGAACUGCCUCACAGAGACCUCGUCGCUUGGACUUCAAUGAUAACUGGCCAUGCCCAUCUGGGCUUUCACCAAAAGUCACUAUCCUUCUUUCGCAGGAUGAUAGGUUCCAAUGUAGCUCCAAACGCGUUCUCAUUCUCCGGCGCUCUAGUCGCUUGUUCGGGCAUCAAAGGGUUGAACUUGGGCCGAGAGAUUCAUGCCCAAGUGAUCAAAAGACCUUUUGACCGUGUUGUUUGUAAUGGGUUGAUCGGGUUUUAUAUGAAGUGUCAUUGUGUUGCUUGUGCUGAGAGAGUGUUUGAGUUGGUGCCGGAUAGAGGAAUUUUAACUUGGAACGAGAUGAUGUCGGGUUAUCUUUAUAAUGGGCAAGCUGAAUUGGCUUUGAGGAGCUUGGGUUUGAUGGUUUUGGAGGGAAUUAAACCAGAUGAAUAUUCUCAUGCUAUUUGUAUUGAUGGUUGUGCUAGUUUGGCUUUGAUGCAACUAGGGGUUCAGAUACAUUCGUGUCUUGUAAAGAGCGGGUUCGAUAAGGAUGUGGUUGUGAGGAAUUCUUUGUUGGAUAUGUAUGCAAAAUGUGGCUGUAUUGUUUCGGCGAAGCUUGUUUUUGAUGAGAUGCCAGCAAGUGAUCCUGUUCUUUGGACUGCUAUGAUUUCAGCAUUUGGAAAGUGUGGAUUUGUUCAAGAAGCAAUUGCAUUGUUCGAAAAAAUGGGCAAACUGGGAAUUGUACGUGAUGAUAUUGCUUGUCUCGCAAUUUUAUCAGCUUGUAGUCAUGGAGGCUUAGUUAAAGAAGGUUGGCAUUACUUUCAAUCAAUUUCUCCUAAUGAAGAGCAUUAUGGAUGUAUGGUUGAUAUUUUGAGUAGAAAUGGGCAACUAGACGAUGCUCUGGAUCUUAUCAGAGGGAUGCCAAUGGAACCAAAUGUUGCAAUUUGGAGCUCAUUUCUUAAUUCUUGUCGUAUGCAUGGAAAUGUUGAGCUUGGACGGUUUGCUGCAUCUCAGCUUCUUGCAGUGGAUUCAGAGAAUCAUAGCAAUUGGGUUACUCUCUCCAGUAUUCAUGCUUCUGCAAGGGAUUGGACCGAGACUUGGAGGGUAAGGGAGAGCAUGAAGGGGGAAAAUGUGAAGAAAGAACCGGGGUGCAGUUGGGUGGAAGUAAAGGAUGGCGUUCAUGUGUUUCUAACUGCUGACAAGAGACACCCAGAGUUAUAUGAUCUCCUUCAUAGUCUCUAUACUUUUGAGAAUGAUUCAGUAAUGAGUCCUGCUUGCAGUUGAGCUAGGCUAUUAUUAAUAGUAUCCAAGAUGUGAAUACUAUCAACUCCAAUCUAGAAUUUGAAUGUCCAAGUUGUAAAUCCAUGCCACAGAAUACAUUGUAAAAAGCAAAUUGAUUAAGUAAUCCUUUUCAUUCCUCUC